ACAAAUAAUAUCAGACAGAUGGCGCCAAAUUUCAACUACAGGAAAAGAAAAUGAUUCAGAUGACUGAAUUGGUGCCAGUUGUGUUAGCUGCAGUUGUAAUAUCUUUAAAUAGUUUUCUGACCUGUGGAUUGAAUACAAAUGGAUCAGACUGUGGGGGUACCCUGAUUUCUUGGGAGGGUAACAUCACCUCCCCUUCCUUUGAUGCCAACCUUCAGCCUCUCUUUCACUGUGAUUGGGUCGUCAUUUUACCAGAGGGCUCGUCAGUUCGACUGAAUUUCCUCCAGUUUGAUCUGCCUGAGGGCGACAAUGGACACUGCAAGGCAGGAUUUCUGCUUCUGGGAACCACAGACAUGAAAGGCAACAGAAGGAGUGAGCUGGGUCCAAUCUGUGGGACACAAUCUCCAGGGGAACUAACUCUGCCUCAGAACAAGUUUUGGGUGUCCAUGUAUGGGGGGACAACAGAAGAAGGUCAAAGGUCACGCUGGUACCAAGGGUUCACUCUAAGCUUUACACAAGUUUUGUCACCAGUCCAUGAAUCUGAUGGUCCCUCUCAGUCUUCUGGCAUGGAUCAGGGGUGGUAUGCACUGAUCGUAAUUGCUGGACCUCUUUUAUGUGUAAUUCCCCUAUAUUUCUGUUUAAAGAGGAGGCGUUCAGUGGCACUGUACUGUACUGAUCAGAACUCGACAGAGAUAGUGGUCCAGAGAUUUAGGAAAAAGCACCGUCCUCACCCUGAUUUAGGGCGACACAGGGACUUCAGAAUAGCUAUUUCUAACCCAGCAAUUAAAGCAGGAGAGAUAAGUAACAUCACGGCGUACUCUUACCAUGGGGGCUCAGGGGACUACGAGAAUGUCAAAGGAUACAAAGAUGACUUCACCUUGUUUAAAAAUCUCUAUGUGAGGGAUUCCUCCUUUCCAUCAUGUGAUGCUUCUUUGGAAAGUCCUGUGUUUAUGGAGGAAUCCCAGAACCUUAAUAAAACCAGUGGUAACUUCCUGACCGUCCCGUGUCGGAGGGCCAGAAAUUCCCGGGUCUCCUACCUCAGCAUCCUGCCAGACUUUGAGUCCACCCUAAACAACAGCAGUAUCCAGCAAUCUUCUCAGCCUCUCACCGUGGCCUCCGUCGGAAAAGUUGAUGGAAAAUCUGUCUACGUUGUCCAGAAUCAACCAAUCGAGAAAGACAAAAUGCCAAUUAUUCCUACAAUUACAAUCACCUCAGCCUCUCUGAGGAGAAAGCAGAGAUUGUCUACUGUUAAAAAUCCAGAGGAGACUAAAUCUAAGGCAGACCUGAUUGACAAAAGCACUGGUCGACCAUUUCGAGGUUCCAUUAAACCCAACAGGCAUGCCAAGGCUUGGCAAUCUGUAGAGGAUAUUCCCAAUGAAACGGACAAAUGCAGAGAACUUCUCCGUAAUGAUCCACAAGUUGAAGAUCCUCAAAAACUUGAAAAUUCACCAAAUAUUAACUGUUUCGAAUUUUCUACUCCUACUGUCUCGCAAUACAGACAAUCCAUAAAGAAAGAAAUCAAGAAAUCUAUGGAGGAUACCCAAAGUUGUCUUCAAACUGAAAAUAUUUUUCCAGAUGAAGAUAUAGUAAAGGUUUCAGAUGAGCCUGAGUCAUCUAAAACUGAAUUAAUAUCAGAGAGCAAUCAUUCUGAAGAGAAUCAAUUGAACACACAGAAUUCAAUCAGAGCUGAAAUGGAAAUGCUUCUUCAACAACAAGUGAACAGUCCUGCCCAAAGCGGAGUUGACAACAUUGCCUUUGAAUCUUCUGUUGCUGGUAAAGAGAUCAGGGGAAGCAGCUGGAACCAGUUUAUCAAGGAUGGAGAACCAGACAACAGGUCAAAGGUCAAUGAUGAGAACAUGCCUUGUUUGAAUACUAGUAAUAGUGGCUAAUUAAACCAUGACAUAUAGAGAUUGAUAAAAUGGAUAUCUUGUGGUUUAGUAA